GAAAACAUCAUCAUACAGCUCUGCUGCUGUUCUGUUACACUGCCCCUAUUAUUGGUGAUGCUGCUACUGCUCGUGACGACUGUCUGGUAAAUGUCUGUGUGAGCAGCAAAUUGGUGGGCGAAUAGAAUCAAGGGGCGUUUUUCGACGUUGUUGUUUUACCUGAACGGUGCUCAGAGGUCUAUCUGAAACUGUGGACUCUACCGAACGAGUGUUGGCCUUUGUCCCGUCAAGCUCCGGUUGCUGCGGGCUAGCCCUUGCCACGUCCCGCACGGAAAACGUUAUCGCUACUGAUUGCCAUAACUGGCUGUGGCAAAUCGUUUUAUUUACCGGCUAUACACGCCGAGUCGAAUUAGUCGCCAAUCACACACCGAGCGAAUCCGUGACCGCUUUGACUAGACGGUUAACUGCUGUUUGUCAUUUUGUCAAAUCAUCGCUGUUUCUCUCGAAAUCGUUUUUUGUACGGAAGACGAGCACAAACUCUUGCAACGAUGACGGACGCAAAGUAUUUCACGACAACGAAAAAAGGGGAGAUCUUCGAGUUGAAGAGUGAGUUGAACUCGGAGAAGAAAGAAAAGAAGCGGGAAGCCGUAAAAAAGGUGAUCGCCUCUAUGACAGUCGGGAAAGACGUGUCAGCAUUGUUCCCCGACGUCGUGAACUGCAUGCAAACGGACAACCUCGAACUCAAGAAGCUCGUUUAUCUGUACCUUAUGAAUUAUGCAAAGUCACAGCCCGACAUGGCCAUAAUGGCGGUGAAUACGUUCGUGAAGGACUGCGAGGACCCGAACCCGCUCAUCCGAGCGCUGGCUGUUCGCACAAUGGGAUGCAUACGUGUCGAUAAAAUCACAGAGUAUUUAUGCGAGCCCUUGCGUAGAUGUCUGCGUGAUGAAGAUCCGUACGUGCGUAAAACAGCAGCUGUAUGUGUGGCGAAACUCCACGACAUCAGCGCGUCCCUAGUGGACGACCGUGGCUUUCUCGACUCGCUCAAAGAGCUUCUAUCCGAUUCUAAUCCAAUGGUUGUAGCGAACGCAGUCGCAGCUCUGUCUGAGAUUGCGGCUGGCGAUUCAUCAGCAGCGGCCAGCUCUGCGAUGGCGCCGCAGGCUAUCAACAAACUGCUGACUGCAUUGAACGAGUGCACCGAGUGGGGCCAGGUCUUUAUCCUUGACGCCCUGGCAGGCUACAAACCUCGCGAUGACCGUGAGGCGGCGUCGAUCUGCGAACGUGUAACACCUCGGCUGGCUCACGCAAAUGCAGCUGUCGUACUGAGUGCUGUUCGCGUACUUAUGAAGUUGAUGGAUGCGGUAGCUGCUGGACCCGAAGGUCCGGAUGCGGUAGCGUCGUUGACCAGGAAACUGGCCCCGCCUCUGGUGACUCUGCUAAGUUCAGAACCGGAGGUUCAAUAUGUCGCCCUGCGUAACAUCAAUUUGAUUGUUCAGAAACGCCCCGAUAUCCUCAAGCACGAGAUGAAAGUUUUCUUCGUCAAGUACAACGAUCCGAUUUACGUCAAGCUCGAGAAGUUGGACAUCAUGAUUCGUUUGGCCAACCAGUCGAACAUCGGCCAAGUCCUAAGCGAACUUAAGGAAUACGCAACAGAAGUCGACGUUGAUUUUGUACGAAAAGCCGUUCGAGCUAUUGGACGAUGCGCUAUUAAGGUUGAACCUUCAGCCGAGAGGUGUGUUGCUACUCUUUUGGAUUUGAUUCAAACCAAAGUCAACUACGUUGUUCAGGAAGCGAUUGUUGUCAUCAAGGACAUCUUCCGAAAGUAUCCGAACAAAUACGAGAGUAUUAUUUCGACCCUGUGCGAAAAUCUCGAUACGCUGGACGAACCAGAAGCACGCGCUUCCAUGAUCUGGAUUAUUGGCGAAUAUGCGGAGCGUAUUGAUAACGCGGACGAGUUGCUAGAAUCAUUCCUAGAAGGUUUCCACGAUGAGAAUACAGCCGUACAGUUACAACUCCUCACUGCAAUCGUCAAACUGUUUCUUAAAAGACCAACAGAGACUCAGGACCUCGUGCAACAGGUUUUGUCACUUGCGACACAAGAUUCUGACAAUCCGGAUCUUCGGGAUCGUGGAUUCAUCUAUUGGCGCUUACUGUCUACCGAUCCUGCGGCAGCCAAAGAAGUUGUACUUGCAGAAAAGCCGCUUAUAUCUGAAGAGACAGAUCUGCUCGAACCAACUCUGCUUGAUGAACUAAUCUGUCAUAUUGGAUCACUUGCGUCCGUUUACCACAAGCCACCCUCGGCCUUUGUUGAAGGCACGUCAGCAACUGGCAAAACACAACUUGCCCAAGUUAAGGGAACAGCUGCUGCGGGAAAUGCAACAGCGCCGGUAGCCCCGCCUGCGGCCGCUUCACAACCGGCCGUUAUUCCUUCAGCAGACUCACUUAUCGGAGACUUGCUCUCGAUCGAUCUAGCUGGAGGCUUCAGUCAGCCCGCUGCACCAAUGGCUCCCGGACCGAUUCCCGGCCUCGAUGUUCUGGGCGGGGGUUUGGAUGCGUUGCUUGGAGGCGAUGUCAGCGGGACUGUUGUCAGCGCGCCCGUGGCAGCUCCAGAAAUCUCCGCUCCAUCAAGUGGAAGUGGUGCAGCCGGUCUUUUGGGCGAUAUUUUUGGAGUGGCGCCUGUAUCAGCCUUCCACACCUUGCCUAAACAGGUGUGGCUAGAAGCUACGAGAGGAAAAGGCCUGGAAAUUAGCGGGACUUUCACAAGGCGCAACGGUCAGCUGAUAAUGGAUAUGACACUUUCGAACAAAGCUAUGGCACCUAUGACCGGCUUUGCAAUACAACUGAACAAGAACAGCUUCGGACUUAUUCCCGCACAACCCCUCAACGUGCCACUGCCGUUACAGCCUUCCUAUCCUCAGGACAUCUCCCUGCCUCUCACAACGGGUGGGCCCGUACAGAAAAUGCAGCCGCUCACCAACCUUCAGGUGGCGAUCAAAAACAAUGUCGACGUGUUGUAUCUGUCGUGCCUGGUUCCGAUGCAUGCGUUGGCGGUGGAGGACGGCCAGAUGGACAAGAAGGUGUUCCUUGCAACGUGGAAGGACAUCCCAGCAGACAACGAGCUACAGUUUGAGCUGACUAACGGGCUGGCACUCAGUCCCGACCAGAUCUCCGCCAAGCUUCAGCAAAACAACAUGUUCACCGUAGCUAAGCGUGCGGUGGACGGACAGGAUAUGCUUUACCUGUCGCUCAAGCUCGUCAACGGCAUCUGGGUGUUAGCAGAACUCAAGAUGGCUCCAUCGUUCCCUGCCAGCUCUCACAGCAGCAUCACUCUGUCGAUCAAAUGUCGAGCACCGGAGGUUAGCGCCAGCGUACACCAAAUCAUGGAAGAAAUCAUUAAGAAUUAAGGGAACAAAAAAAACGAGAACAAGCGAGCAAACGGUCACAACCACGCUAAGGCUACUUCUAAUGAGUUGCUCUAAAUUGAUAUAGACAGCACUGCCGCUGUAGCAAAACCAACUAAAAAGGUCCCACAGAAAUAUGAAAAAGGGCUAAAAAAGAAAAACAGGGCAAGCCUAUGGCAGAAAAUAGAGGCCUACCAUAAACUCAACAAUCAAAUCCUACCACAACCAUGCUGAAGGGCCGGAACGACAUCUUGUCGUCAAUUUCGGGUAUAUCAAGGUAUUCCUGUGAUCGAAAGUUCUCUACAAGUUCAACGUUUUCCUGAGAAGAUGAACCGUGGCAACCUUCGAAAUUAUGAAAGGUUCCCUACGUCAACGGGGCAAGAGCAUUCGUUGCGACAGAGCAAUGUCGCAAAAUGACGAGAAGGCUGGACAGUUAUCGUUGCUGUUCUAGCUUGUAUUUGCGGUAACGCAAUAUCCUAGAGACCACACACACACACACACACAUACACACACACACACACACACAUACACACACACACACACACACACACACAUUUAUU